AUGCCCGACACAAACUCGCUGAACCCCUCUCCACAAGCCACAUGGAGAGUUAUACCCAUUCAAAUUACAAGCGAAGAAGGUGGUACUGAGAAUGAGUUUGGAAAUGGUAUUUCCUUGCCCUUCUUGCUACAGCUCGCCUGGGGAACUCUGUUGCGAGUAUAUACGGGCCAGGACGAGGUGAAGUUUGACUACCAGUGCCUCAUCUCGUCUUCCUUUGAAAGCAUCGAAAAGACUGGAUACGAGGAAGUCUUUAUUCCACAAACUCGCUCUGUCCUUAUACCCGGGAAUCGACCUUUUAAUAAAAUCACGCCUUCACCAUCAACGGGAGAUCUGGUCGGCAACUACAAACAAGAAAUUGGACAGGAUAGCAUGAUCCAAAUAUGGGGAGCUCCAAAAGGUACAAUGGCCACGGAGGCUUAUGCAAGGCUAUUGGUGGACUCAACGCCGCAGGAGCGGAGUAUCCUAAUUACUGGCGUGGUCUCCCACGAUGAAUGCUGUGUGUUCCUCAGUCUUCGUCAGGGCCAAACCUUCUUUCAUUUAGCAGACCACAUUGCGGACACGUUUCGACACCUUCUUCAAAAAAUAAGAGAGUAUCCUUUAUCGACCUUCAAUGAGUUGAGACUUGUGGGGCCCAAUAACCUUCGGCAGAUUGAAGAGUGGACCGCUGGCACUGCUGUCAUUCGAGACGACGACAAGUGCCCUUACGAAGCCAUAGAAACAUGGCCAAAACCUUCUCCAGCUAUAGACGCGUGGGAUGAAAGAAUUUCGUAUGGUGACUUAACUCAUCUCUCAAACGCAUUGGCUGGCAACCUUGUUUCCAUCCAUGGAGCACAACGCGGAGAAUAUAUCCCUGUUUGUUUCGAAAAGUCGGCAUGGGCCAUCGUUGCUAUGCUUGGGAUUCAUAAAGCUGGUGCUGCCUUUGUUCCUAUUGAUCCAGCCUGUCCACCAUUGAGGUUGGCCGAGAUUUUGCAGCAGACUAAAGCACGUUUGCUUCUAACAUCGCCCACCAUAGCUGACACUACUAGCUGUGUAUCGAAACUCAAAGAGGAUUCGUCCACAGUACUGAGCAUCGUACACGUUGACAGUGAGCUAUUGGAACAGGAAAUCACACGGGAUGUCAUAAAUCAUCGACCGGCUCCAACGGACGUCGCCUAUUGUCUUUUUACCUCUGGCAGUACCGGCAAGCCCAAAGGGGUUGUGGUUGACCACCGGGCUUUGAACGCGAGUCUUCGUGCUCAUGGCAAAUAUUUUGGUUUGAGUGCAACUUCGCGUGUUUUACAAGGCACCUCUUACACCUUCGAUGUUUCCUUGACCGAAUGUCUAGGCACCCUGUAUCAUGGAGGCUGCGUGUGCGUUCCCAAAGCAACAGACCAUCUACACGACACUGUUGGUUGCAUCAAUAAUAUGGAUGUCAAUUGGGCAUUUUUCACGCCAUCGUUCGCCCAAAUUUUAUCAUCAAACGACGUCCCCGGGCUAAAAGCCCUCGCCCUCGGUGGAGAGGAAGUUCCAACUGCAUGUGUCGAGCAAUGGACGGCACCUGGCCGUCGUCUUAUCAACGCAUACGGGCCUACAGAAUGCAGCAUUUUCUCCAUGAGUGGAAACAUCAAACUCGAUGUUCAUUCUUCAGGAAACAUUGGAAGGGCUGUCGGAGGCCUUUCGUUUGUCACUGACCCAACCGACCCGAGUCGAUUGAUGCCCAUAGGGGCUCCUGGCGAGCUUCUUCUUUGUGGGCCAAUACUGGCUCAAGGUUAUCUCAACGACAACGGGAAGACCGCAAAGGCGUUUAUCGAUCCACCAGAAUGGUUCAAGAAUGUCGUCGGGUGGAAAAAUGAAAAUCGCCUCUAUAGAACUGGGGAUCUUGUUCGCUAUUGUGCUGAUGGCACGGUGGAGUAUCUGGGCCGCAUCGAUCGACAGGUCAAGAUCCAUGGCCAACGCAUUGAGCUCGGGGAAAUAGAAAGAGCAAUAAUCAGCAGCAAGGAAUCAACAAUUGCUGUUGUGGAUGUUGUAUCCCGACCUAACAUGCCCAACGACCAAGUUUUGGUGGCUUUCGUUGCUGACGAAGAUGGAAAGAACUAUGGUCCUCUGCAUGCUCUCGAUACCUACGAACAUGCAGUCUCUAUAAAAGACCUGAAAGCCCGUCUGGCAUCCCUUCUUCCUCGUUAUAUGCUCCCGUCCGAUAUUAUUUAUCUUUCGCAUGUUCCCUUAUCAAGCUCUGGGAAGUUGGACCGCGCUGCACUUCGUAAUUUAGCGGCGGAUAUACUGGGAAAUCAUCCAUCCGGGCAACUAAAGGAGGACAGACUCCUGACGGAGACAGAGGAGCUCAUCCAGCUUACUUGGAGUCACGUCCUCUCCAUACCACAACACGCCAUUCGUGUGGAUGAUAGUUUUUUUCGCUGGGGCAACUCGCUGGCCGCAAUCAAACUGACAAAGCGACUCCAAGAAUGUGGGCUACAGAUUAGCGUCGCGGACAUUUUCCAGGGCCCAAGCAUACUGGAUAUGGCAGCGAAGGUACGACAGACGAGCAAAUCGCAAGGAAAGAUGGAUCUGAUUCCGUUUGGUCUCAUCGAGCCGAAUGCUCUCCCUGAGGUUUUGGAAAAUGCAGCACAACAAUGCUCAGUGAAAGCGGAUGCAAUUCAUGAUAUUUACCCGUGCACCUCGACACAAGAGGCACUGCUAUCACUCACCGUACACAACCACGAGGCAUACAACGCACAAUAUGUGUACCAUCUCCCCCAUGGUACCGACAUCGACCGGUUUCAGAAAGCAUGGGAUAGCGUUUUCCGAUCAACACCGAUUCUGCGAACGCGCAUUAUCUCCGGUUCUCGCUCAUUUUAUCAAGUCGUUCUUAGUGAAAAUAUUGAAUGGCUAAAGAGUUCUAACCUGGAGGAGUAUGUGCAGAAUGACCAGUUGAUUCCUGUCGCAUUUGGCCGCGAGCUCACGCGGUUUGCCCUCAUUCCAGAUCCCAAUGGGAUUGGGAUCUGCUUUGUGUGGACCAUCCAUCAUUCGCUCUACGACGGUCACUCAAUGUCUUUAGUACUAGGAGAUGUUCAACAUGCCUAUGACUUAGGGUAUCAUCCUCAGAGGCCUCUCUUCAGCAGCUACAUCCAGUCAUUGACCGAUGACUCUCGGGACCUUGCUGCCUUUUGGCGUGGAUCUCUCGAUGGUUUCUCGUCACAGACAUUUCCACUAAAGAGCCAUCCGGAAUAUCAUCCAGUUGCAGAUCGAACGAUAACGCUUUAUCCCUCGACUCAAAAUAGGGCCUCGAUGGAAGUAUCUCAUUCGGUAGUACUUCAAGCAGCGUGGGCGAUCGUCUUCGCUCGCUAUGUGGAAUCCACUGAUGUGGCUUUCGGCGUGACAUUGAGUGGUCGAUACGGCUCCCUACCCUCCAUUGACGAGAUCUCGGGGCCUACCUUGAGUACCGUCCCGUUGAGGGCUAGAAUAGAUCGUGAAAAGCCCGUGGAUUUGUUCUUGAGAGAAUUACAGACUCACCUAGCGCAUAUCAUGGAGUGCGAAACCAUCGGGCUUCAGAAUCUCAGGAAAUUGACUGCAGCUACGCAGCGUGCUUGUGAUUUCCAGACCUUGUUUGUUAUCCAGCCAUCUCUUACCCCAAAUGAUGAUGAUGGAUUGUUCAGUAUAGGUCAUCUGGCUUUCUCCCAUGAGACAAUAACAGGGUAUGGACUUACUGUUGAAGCCCAAUUGGAUGAAGAUGGAUUGUCAGAGGUCAGGGCACACUUUGAUUCUUCUUUGAUUGACGAGCAACAAGUGGAACGCAUUCUGAAACAAUGGGAGUAUGUUGUGAACCAAUUGUACACCACCACCAGCCCAGGCCGGCAGUUACGAGAGAUAUCGCCUGUGAGUCCAGAGGAGGUGCGGCAAUUGUCGCAGUGGAAUGCACCAAUCCCAAAGACAGCAAAUGUGACUCUCCAUGGACUCAUUAAGCAGCGCGUUACCGAGAACCCUGACAAAGAAGCGCUUGUGGGAUGGGAUGGAUCAUAUACCUACCAGGGUCUAUGGAAUGCCAGCGAUCGGCUGGCUGCACACCUGAAGGGAUUGGGCAUCCGGAAUGACGAUCUCAUCCCACUGUGUUUGGAGAAAUCGUCAUAUGCCAUUGUGUGCAUGCUGGCCAUCCUCAAAGCUGGAGCUGCAUUUGUUCCUUUGGAUUCUAGACAUCCUCCUGAGCGCCUUGCAGGUAUUGUCGACCAGAUUAAGCCUCGCCUGCUAAUUACCUCUCCUCAGUAUCAGAGCUUGUGGGAUAACAUAAACCAUCUUGCACUUGAUGCUGAUAUCAUUGCCGUGCUCCCUCGCCUUUCGGCUGACUCCGAUACCUCUAUUUCAGCGACGGAAACAAAUUUGGCAUACUGCAUUUUCACAUCCGGCUCCACAGGGCAGCCAAAAGGAGUACUGAUCGAGCAUCAGGCGAUAUGUACUAGCAUUCUCAGCUACUCACGUCGUUUGCAAAUCCAUGAAAAUGUGAGAACACUCCAGUUCGCCUCCUAUUCAUUUGAUGCUUCGCUUCUCGAGCUUCUGAGUGCACUUGUGAAUGGAGCCACAGUCUGUACGCCGUCUCUCGAUGAAUGCAUGGAUUCUAUUAGCCAGACGAUUCAACACUACGGGCCAACAUGGGUGUUUCUCACCCCAUCCGUCGCCCAAAUGCUAUCUCCGGCGAGCGCGCCAUCGAUUCAAACUCUCGUUUUGGGUGGAGAGGCCAUUACGCGAUCGGUGAUCGCGACUUGGGAUGGAAAGGUCCGGCUUUUCAACGCAUAUGGUCCUACCGAAUGUUCCAUCGUCUGCGCUGUCAAUGAAGUCCGGAGCGAGGACGAUGUGGGCGUGAUCGGGUACCCGAGUGGAUGCGCCUUGUGGGUCGUCGAUCCUGAUGAUCCCAACGAACUAGUUCCCAUCGGUACUGUUGGUGAGAUGCUUGUUGAGGGAUCCAUUGAGGCGCGCGGGUAUCUCAACGAUGCCAUCAAGACAGAAGGAGCAUUCAUCCCAAUUCCACAGUGGCGAAAAACUAUCAAAGAUCUAUCGACCGAGUCAACACGGAUGUACAAGACAGGCGACUUGGUUCGCUGGAACGAAGACGGGACUCUAUACUACUUUGGACGCAAGGAUCUCCAGGUCAAAGUUCGAGGACAGCGGGUCGAGCUGGAAGAGAUUGAGUCCUGUAUUGUGCAUCCGGAUAUCAUUCGAAGCGCAGUGAUUCAACCUCGUCGAGGACCAUACUCUAAGAGGCUGGUUGGGAUUUUCACGCUGAGAGCGAGCCAGCCAGCCACUGAUGACUCUUUCAGGUUGAUACCCACGCAUCUGCAGAAGACUGCAUCAAAAGUAGUCUCCUCAAUUCGAGAGAAGCUGUUGAGCGAGCUCCCUUCCUAUAUGGUCCCGGAUGAUUGGAUUGCGAUCGAAAAUAUUCCGCUUACGGCAGCGGCCAAAACAAAUACCAAGUUUCUUAUUCAGAAUGUCGAAGAGAUCACAGCAGAACACUAUACCUUGGCUUCAAAGAUAAGCGAGGGCGAGGAUGAGUCGACCUCUAAGCCCGCAUUGACUCCAAUGGGAGAGGUGCUCCGAGAUCUUUUAGCAAGCCUUCUGCAAGUCCCUGGAGACAGUAUUCAUGGCGAGACCUCCUUCUUCCGAAUUGGAGGCGACAGUGUUUCCGCGAUGCAACUAGUCUCUCAAUGCCGUGCCCAAGGACUGACAAUCAGUGUUACUGACGUGCUCAAAUACAAGACUGUCUCCAAAAUUGCGGAACGGCUUAGAAAGAAAGCCCUACCUACAUCAGCGCCAGCAGUACAAGACUCGGAACCAAUUGAGACAGCUUUCUCUCUCUCUCCGAUACAGCAGCUGUGGAUGGAUUCCGUUCCGACAGAUAAGGUUCCUGUCUUCACUCAGAGUUUUCUACUACGUUUACGACAUGAUGUUUCUCCAGUCGCCCUUGAACGCGCCCUUGUCGCAGUGGUCGAACGACACUCUAUGUUGCGGGCUCGAUUCUCCCGGGAAGUCGAUGGACAUUGGACACAGCGCAUCACGACAGACUCUCGAGGAUCAUACAAACUUAUAGAGCACAAGGCCGCCGUUCCCGAAACCGAAAUCCCUGGGCUAACCGCAUCCGCAAGAGCAAAGCUUGACGUUGUCUGUGGCCCGACAAUAGUAAUAGAGCGCUUUGAUUCCAUGAGUGGUGACUCUCUUCUAUUCGUCGCCGCGCAUCACCUGGUUGUCGAUUUGGUGUCUUGGAGAAUCAUUCUUCGGGAUUUGGAAGCCCUGCUCGAAUCGAAAGUUUUGUCGCAGCCAUUUUCGGUUACCUUCCAGCAAUGGUGCCUGGAGCAAUCAAGAUGGCAGCUAUCCAAUGCGUCUUCCAAUCCGGCGUCUCCCUUGAGCAUCCCACCGUCCGACCACGACUUCUGGGGUAUGUCAGGCAAGACAAACCAUUACGGAUCGGUAGAACGCCUGGAAGCGAAGGUUGAAACCAAAAUAUCGACGAGCCUUCUUAGCCGAUCCGCCGAUGUUCUAGGAGCCGAACCCCAAGAUGUCUUCCUCACGGCAUUGUUGAUUGCCUUUUGCGAGAUCUUUCCUGACCGCGCAGAACCAGCUAUUUUCAACGAAAGCCACGGCAGACAAACAUCCGAUUCCGAUAUCGAUAUCACUGAGACUGUUGGAUGGUUCACUAGCCUCUCUCCAAUCUUACUUCCGGGUAUUCCAGAGAAGAAGUCCAUUAUCGAGGUUCUGCGUCGGGUGAAGGAUAACCGUCACAGGCUCCUAGAAACUGGCAAUCAAACUAACCAUACGGCGAAUAUGAUUCAGCGCGACCAACGAAGAGCGACAACAACGCCAGAAAUCCUUUUCAAUUACGAGGGCAUCUUUCAGCAACUUGAAAAGCCCGAUGGAUUGUUCCACUUUGUACCACAACACAACGGUGACCUGGCGGAUAUGGCAGACGACGUACCUCGAUUGGCUCUCAUUGAGGUUGCAGUACAAAUUCACGAGGGCCAGAUUGCCAUCAGCAGCCUUCACAACCGAGAGAUGUCUCACCAGGGUCGUAUCCAAGGAUUCGUCCGGCAAUACCGAAAAGUCCUGUUGGAAAUGAACCACGCCCUGGAGCAGCAGGUGCAGCCCGUGCACUCUCUGAGUGACUUUCCGCUGGCUUCUCUGACGUAUCAAGAGCUGGACGAAGUAACCAAGGCAGUUGAAGAGGGUGGGGUGCAAGGAAUCUAUCCCCUGCUGCCAACACAACAAGUGAUGUUGAGUCGCCAAUCUAAAUUUCCUGCCCUAUACAGCCCCCGAUUCGUGCUUAGGCUGCAAUCGAACGCUGGAAUUUCACCCAAUGGAGUGGCCGACGCUUGGAAGUCGACUGUCCUUCGCCACGCGAUCCUUCGAACGGUCUUUCUUGGCACUAGCUCCGACGGAGAUCCGCUCCAAGUGGUGCUUGAGAGGCUUGAACCGCUCAUUUCCUACCUUCCCCAUCCGGCAAAAGACGUUAAUCUCCUCGACCUACCCAUUUCACCAUGGGAGGAGCGCGAAGCUCAUCACCGGCUCAUCAUCUACGAGCAGGAUGCAGGAUCAGUGGAGAUGCUGCUCCUCGAAAUCAGUCACGCCCUAGUCGACUUCCCGACGAUGGAGGUAGUCUUUGAGGACUUUCACAAUGCUCUCAGAGAUACACCUGUCCAAUCAGGGGGCUCUUCGUACCAAGAUCUGAUUGCAUAUGCAGUCGACCCCUCACGCAGGAGUCUCGCAGAGGCAUUCUGGACCGCCAGAUUGGCAAAUGCCCCGGCCAGUCAUGUUUCGACCCAAGGUUCGAGGAGCGGCAGCGAUCAUUUCUUCGGAAAACAUCGGUAUUCAGACGUGCAAUUGGGGCCGGUCACUCCGUCAGUGCGCGCAGUCUGCCAGGACCAUGAAAUAUCCCUUGCCAGCGUGGUCCGGCUCGCGUGGGCGCAGGCUCUGCGGGAGUGGCUGGCGGCCGACGACGUUACCUUCGGCGUGGUGCUCAGCGGUCGAGAUAUCGAGCUGCCGGACGUGCACCAGAUCGCAGGGCCAUUCCUCAACUUCGUCCCAUGUCGAAUCUCCUUCGAUUCAAAUUCCCCUACCACUACUAGGGUCCCUAGUCUGUUGAGAAGCUUAGAUGAGGCUUAUCUCGAGUCCCUAGCUCAUCAGAUUCGGGGAUCGACGGCGGGGUCAAUUCUGUAUGACACCAUCGUGAAUUACCGCAAACACAAUAAUAGCAGAGAUGGCGACAGCAUUGGCACUAAAAUCGAGGGUCGAGAACACGAAUUGGUGAUUCAAGAGGCGGUCGAUCCUUUCCAUUUCUCGAUGGUGCUCGAAAUUGACGAAAUCGAUGGCGCGCUAAACGCAAGGAUUGCGUACUGGACCGGCCGGGUGUCAGAGAAGGUUGUAGCGCACUUUACGAAAACGAUCCCUGUCGUGAUGCUGAGGAUUGUUGAAGCAUUUCAACUACGUGAAAAUCCGUAG